AUGCUACCUCGGAGUCAGAUGCCAAUCCGCCGGAAUGGCCUGCUCGAGCUCCAGGGAAUUCCGCCAAUCCUACGGCCCCUCCUGCGGGCCUAUUUGCUGGGCUAUGCCUCCGCCGUCGGCCCCAGGAUCUUGACCCUGUUGCUGCAGUACAUCACCAAGAGGCGCCGCAAAAACGGGACUGAUGAAAAGCAAUGCGCUGGGUUCGUGGCGCAACUGAGGCGAAUAGUCUUCGCCGGCCUCGAUCCACAACGUUUCCCUACGUUUUGCGCCGUCAUCGUUGGUGGUGGCUCUCUGUUAGAGGAACCACUUCGGAGGCUUCUUGAGCAGACUGCGAAAAGCCUCAGUGAGGCUACGCGUGUGAGGCUUGCAAGAUGCAGCGCCACCUUCAUUGCCGCCUGGUUUAGUCUGAAGCUCCUGCAGUCGAAGAAGACUGCGGGGUUCACAGAAGUAGUUCCAGUCAAGUCCGAUGCUCCGCCUGGAGUCCAGGAGAAGGAGAUACGCUACGCCGGGCGAACACUCGACUUGACCCUAUUCACACUCACUCGAGCUCUCGAUGUGCUGGUGGGCGAAGUAUGGUCUCGUAGGCGUGCACGUCGCGUAGCUCAGGGCAAAUGGACGACGGUUGAGUCAAUCAUCGGCAGGUUCACUGACCCAUGCUUAUUCGUCUCCUCAUGUGCUCUGAUCAUGUGGGCGUGGUUUUACAACCCCUCCAGGCUCCCAAUUGCUUACAACAAAUGGAUCAGCUCGGCGGCAAACGUAGACAUGCGGCUGAUUGAAGCUCUCCAAAGGCUGCGUGAUGGCAAGCUCAUCUACGGCAAAGAUACUGGACAGGCAGAGUUGCUUCAGGGCAUGUGCGCCAAGUACAAGUGGCCGAUGGACUGGGGAGACCCAGCAAAAUCCGUCCCCAUUCCCUGCGAGAUGGUCCACAUGGGUGUCGGUCCGUCGUGCGAGCUCCAUGCGUUGAGCCGUUUCUAUCGGUCGUGGAAGUGGUCCAUGGCCAUGUACCUCCCGCUGAGCAUGGCGCUCCUCGUACGGGGGCCCAUCAACAAGAAGAGCCUCGUACGGGCUUUGCUCUCCGCAUCGCGGUCGUCGGCAUUCUUAGGAACAUACAUUACCUUGUUUUAUUAUGGCGUCUGCCUCGCGAGGACCCGACUUGGGCCUCACAUCAUUGGCAAGGACCGGGACGCAAGACAGACGAUCGACGCGGGAUUCUGCGUCGGCACGGGGUGCUGUCUCUGCGGCUGGAGCGUUCUCGUCGAGACGCAAAGCCGUCAGAAGGACAUGGCUCUCUUCGUUGCCCCCCGAGCCAUGGCUACGCUGCUGCCACGCCGGUAUGGCAUGGACAAGCAGUGGAGAGAGACGGUUGUGUUUGCUGCUAGCACGGCGGUAGUAUUUACCUGCAUCUUGGAGAACCCAAAGCGUGUAAGAGGUGUUCUUGGUAGUGUACUUGGUUUGGUGUUGCGCAACUAG